GACAAUUUCAAAUGCGAAGUCCAGUGAGUGAUCGGAGCAAUUAUUCUCUUAAUAUGGAGGUUGAUGGUGCCUCGGAAUCUUCCGAUGACGACGUUGUUCCACUCAAUGAUGCCUCGGAAUCUUCUGAUGACGACGUUGUUCCACUCAAUGAGUCAUCUGAUGAUGAGAGAAGUGAAAAUAAUGGAGAGCAAGCAGACAAUAAUGCUGAAGUGAACAAUUUUGAAGAAAUAAUAAUAAAUGAUGAUGAUGAAGAUGCCGAAGAGCAACAGAACAUUAUUUAUGAUGAUGUAGGUGUCAACCAGCCAGAGAACAUUGUUCAAGAUUAUGUGGAUGUAAAUCAGCAACAAUAUUAUGUUGAUAAUAACCAAGGCAUAAACCAGGAGGAGUACUUUGUUAAUCAAGAUAUAAACGAAGACCAAAUGCAUGCAAACUGGAAUGAGCAAGAUCAGUACAUGGAAGAAGACAUCGGAGGAAUACCACUUCAUGAUGAGGAAAUGUUUGAAGAGGCAGAUGAGGACUCAGAUGAUGAGAUCGUCUACAUUCUCCAAGCAGAACAGAAACAGUUAUCCCUAACUACAUACACCAUAAGACGAGUAAGAAGACGACGACGACGACAUUAGAAUAUCUUGAACAAUAUCUGCAGUGUAUUGCGAUGAUUUGUGUUAUAAAGAAUACAUUUACAGUGAAC